AUGGCACCAAACUCCAUAGAUGACUCCUCAAAUAUUUCUGCAGCUAGAACAAUUAACCAACCAGCUGCUAUCAUCAUCGAUUCCACUCACCUCAAUUACCUUCAUUCAUCUGAUUCAUCAAGAAUGGUUCUUGUCAACUCAGUUUUUGAUGGGAAAGGAUAUGGAGGAUGGUGUAGAGCCAUAAUUAUUGCAUUUUCUGCCAAGAACAAACUUGGUUUCAUCGAUGGAACAUUUUAUCAACCAGAUGCGACUUCCACUGAUUUCAAGCAUUGGAAUCGCUGCAAUGAUAUGGUUAUAUCAUGGAUUUUGAACUCUCUAUCUAAGGACAUAGCUGAAAGUGUCCUUUAUUCUAAAACUGCAAAUGAGAUUUGGAAAGAACUUGAAGUUAGAUUUGGGCAAUGUAAUGGAGCUCAACUUUAUCAGUUACAAAAGGAGUUGAGUGAUAUAGUACAGGGAACCUCUGAUAUAGCAGGUUACUAUACAUAG